GUUGCAACAUCAUAUCCAAAGCCCUGCGUCCACAACCGCAGUCGCCUUUUAUGCACCAGCGAGUGUGGAGAAAAGCGCCGGAGAGCCACUCGUCUCUCCAAACGACGCUGCCCACUCUCAUCGCCAACGUUUUGGACUUUACCUAACAUUUGUGGAGCUACUCACUCUCUUGGACUGGACUAAUCCUCUGCGCGCAAACGUCGUGCGCAAAGAAGAGAUGAGAAUUGUGUCCUGAAACCACGUAUUGCUAAAUGCUGCUUUAGAGUGAAGACGUGCAAGGCACCGGCCUACACAUGGAGUCCAGGGUUCCCCACCAUAUCCCCGGAGUGUCCUCCUCCCUCAUAUCACAGCCCCUGCUGGACAGUCGAGUGCCAUACGGUCGUCUUCAGCACCCCCUCACCAUCUACCCCAUUGACCAGAUAAAGUCUUCACAUGUGGAGAACGACUACAUUGACAGCCCCGCGGUUGUGUCUCAGCAGCCCCCGAGCCAGAAGUCUAUGAAUCGUAGGAUCACCUGGCUAGGUCAGAAUCAGGAAGCCUUUCUUGGGGCAAAUCACAACCAUCACCACAAUCACCAACACCAGGCCCACCAGCAGGGCCGGUGCGAGCCCCACCCUCACCAAGACGCCACUACCCACCCUUGGAUUUCCUUCAGUGGAAGACCCAGCUCGAUCAGCAGCAGCAGUAGUACCUCAUCUGAUCAGAGGCUGCUGGACCACGCUGCACCCACCCCAACAGUGGACCACCACCCAAACCUGCAUCCCCACCAGGGCCCUGUCAACACCGUCACAACCCGAACUCCGGGCUGCUUCUCUUCCUCUGAAUCUAAAGUCCUCACUUCUUCUUCCUCUGCUUCCACCUGCUCCUCCUCCUCGAAGUCGCUAGACCUCAAGUCUGGAAAGUUGCCUGCAGGAGGCCUGUGCACCACUGGAGGUCAGCAAGGAUUGGCGCUGAUCCCUUCCUCCCCCGCUGAGAAGAAGCACCUCCUUCUCUGCGAGCACUGCGGGAAGUGCCGAUGCACAGAGUGUACGCUCCCCCGAACCCUACCCUCUUGUUGGGUCUGCAACCAGGAGUGCCUGUGCUCUGCUCAGAGCCUGGUGGAUACAGCCACCUGCAUGUGCCUGGUCAAAGGGAUCUUCUACCACUGCACCGAGGACGAGGACGACGAGGGCUCCUGCGCCGACAAGCCGUGCUCAUGCUCGCAGGCCAACUGCUGCGCGCGCUGGUCCUUCAUGGCCGCCCUUUCUGUUGUCCUGCCUUGCCUGGUCUGCUACCUACCAGCCAUGGGUCUGGCCAAACUGGGACAGAAGUGUUAUGACAAUGUUAGCAGGCCUGGCUGCCGCUGCAAGAACUCGCAGGGCGGAACAAGUGUCCCGGUGUGUAAAAACGGAGGCAUGGAAGCAAAAUCUGGGACGCUAGAGAAACAGCAGCAAGGGUCAUGAUACUGGACCAAAGUGGCUGGCAGUGACCUUGCUAAAAACUGGACAAGACCACACCGUACUUGCUCGCUCUCUAUGGAUAGGACAAUCCAACACCAACCCAUUAAACUAUCCCAUUAAUCUGCUGGAAGAUGACUUAUGUAAAACAAAGGUACUUAAAUGGCUUCUUGACUAAUAUUUGAUAGGAUGGAUGAUCAAAAAGGGCCUUAUCUGAGAGAGUUGGCUAGUAAGAAUGGCUGACAGGCCCUGAGAUGUUAUUUUUUUUCUUUCUUUCUUUUUUUGUAAGAGUGACAAGUGAAAAAGAAAGCAAAUUGUAGGACUGGCUGUUUGUAUUUUGUGAAGAUGGCUGAAGGCACAAAGUCAUUGUACCUCUUCUGCUGCUCAAUAUUCCUCAGCUAAUUUUGUAACGCUAACUAACCAGAAGCUGGUGAAGGAUCGCCAGAGCACGUGAAAAUCACUGAUGGAGAUAAAUAUCUGUACACACCCCUCCCAUCCCCAAAAGCACAGCCCAGUAUCAAACAUGAAAACAAGUGAUUAUCUAUUCUGUGGCUUUAUGAUAGACCAGUGAAAGAGUAAAACCGCCACUUAGUCACUCACUCUCUCCACUAUUAUGAUGAUCACCGUCUUUGAGUGUUGCCAUUUUUCUCUUAUACCUUGAAGAUGCUAGCUUGGUAUUGCUAACAUUUUAUCUCCAAGUUUUUAUCUCCACGGAGGUGCUGUAAAAAAAUAAAAAUAAAAUAAAAUUUUUAGACUUUAAAACGAUAGUAAUUUCCCAUAGCUCUCACUCUGUAUUGUGCGUGAGCAGUUGUGCCGCAAGUGAUAGAUAAUCACUUCGCAAUGUGUUUUUUUCUAUUUUUGGUGGCGAAACCGACACAUUGGAAAACAUCUGAAUGCAGUUCACCAAUCACCUCAGACGUGUUGCAUGUCAUGACCUGCAUGCUCUAGUCUACCGGUCACCCACCGUGCUAAAAGUUGAUUUGUAGUAGAAAAAUUUGUUUAAAAAAGAAAAACAACAACAAAAAAAAAGACAGUACACCCAACCUUCUCAGGGACUGUUACAGUAAUCCUCUUAAACUUGGCCUACCGUGUGUUAAUUUCUAAAUUGCCUAGGAGCCUGGUGUACUUCCUCUUUGCACAAGAAAUGCAAAGAAACAGUUAGGGGCAAAAAAAAAAAAAAAACAAGGCAAUAGUGAAUAUUUAAAACAAGUAAGCUAAGAUGGAGAAAGAAACUGGCCAGAAAAAUAAUGUUUCCAGGAGGAGAGGGGAUGCAAGUGAUAGAGAGCGAAGAGGAGGAGAGAAGGCAUCGCAAAGUUGUCGUUGUGCUUGUAUCCAGUCAGCCUUUGUCAAAAUCAAACCUGCCACUUGCACAACCUUUUUAGGAAGACGCAAACCCCUUAAAGGAUGUACUAAAGCACAGUAUUAACCACCUCAGCUAUCUCACAUUACAUUGGCGUGCGCUACAUUUAGUCCGCACACCCCAGCCCCCCCUACACACACACACACACAGACAGAAACACACACAUACAUACACACACGUGUCUUUAUUGAAUUCAAAUCAUUAUGCUGCAUAGCUGUGUAAGUCAGAUAGUCUCUCCUUUAUCCUUAAAGUCUAUUUUUGUGGUUUGCAUGACGUUCUUAGGACUUUGCCAAAGGAAGCUGUUAUACAGUAGCAUGUUUUUCGCAGUCUGAGUGAUCACAGUUGUUUAUGCACUCUUGCCAAAUGAAGUUGACGGCAGUUGGUCGUUAAGAGGCGUGCUGCUCUUUAAUACAGAUGGCCGUUUCCGUUUGGCAAUAAAGGCACGCCGUCUUUGUUGCUCCAUCACACAUGCGCACACACACGCGCACACACACACACACACGCACACACACACACAUGCACAUGCAGACCUCUCUUUCACUUUGGACCCUUAACUUCCACAUUAGGGUGCCUAACUUUGCUCAUACUUGUAUUUGUCUUGUUGCACAAAGCUGAUAUCACACAGUAAAAAUAGGAAAGAAAAUAACACAUGGUCCUUAGUCUUGAAUGUAUGAGGCAAUAUUUUCAAAACCUAGCAAUUCAGUCAGAGAGAAAGGUGCCAAAACUGAGAAUGACUGUGUGACCGAGCAAGUGGCUCGGGAAGUGUAGAUGGGCGGCAAAAAUCACAAAUGUUUUGACAAUAUAUUUAGUAAUAGAGCUAUGCAGGUGAAAUGUUAUUUGCUGUAAAUAGUUUCACAACAUUUGUGUUCUUUAGAAGAGACUUUUAAAUGUCCUUGAAAGAUUGCAUGGUACAUUAUAACUACAAUUCAGUACAAAAUAUAUAGAGAAUAUAUUAGAUAUAUAUUUUGAGGGUAAGAAUAAGAUGUUUUUCGAGGUUGUGAGAUAAAGGGAGAGGAUCACGGUGAGAAGAAGGUUCUGGAAAGGGGUAACAAAAAUGACAGGUCUUUCUAUCACUAGCACUUGAUUUAAAAAAAAAAAAAAAGUGUGCCCGGCAAUAAAGUGGAAGAA